AUGGGCUGGGCUGGGUGGGGCUGGGCUGCGGGAUCAGGAGGCCGCCAGCUGCCCAUCAGGAGGCCUCCCGGCUGCCGCCCCCGCCCCCGCGCUCCAGUCCCGCUUUGGGCCGCGGCCCCGGCGUUGCUGCUGCUCUCCGCACCCUCGGAGCAUCCUUCAUCCCGAGCGUCCCUGGAGGCAGGUGCCUGCCGCCCGAUCCGGCUCCCGGGCUGCCACGUCUCCGUGUGCGUGCGCCCACAGCCCCUUCCCCAAGCUGCUGGGGGGCUUUCUGCCUGCUCGGCUCCUUUCCUGGGGGGCGGUCAUCCCGGCUAUGGCUUUCGCCCCCCGGCUUUAAUACUGGAGAGGAUCUUUGGGGACGGCUUCUGUGAAAUGCUCUUUUGGCUAAAAGAAGACGAAAUGUCCCAUCAGGAGCUCACGCAGCGCUUGGCCACAGUGAUCACUCAUGUCGAUGAAAUCAUGCAGCAGGAAAUUCGGCCCCUUGCGGCAGUGGACAUCAUAGAACAGCUUCACAGACAAUUUGCCAUCUUGUCAGGAGGUCGAGGAAAAGAUGGCGCUCCAAUCAUAACCUUCCCUGAGUUUGCAGGUUUCAGCGAGAUCCCUGAUGAAGAUUUCCUGAAUGUUGUGACCUACUUGACCAGCAUCCCCAGUCUGGAGGCUGCCAGCAUUGGGUUCAUCAUUGUUAUUGACAGAAGAAGAGACAAAUGGAGCUCCGUGAGGGCAUCCUUGACCCGAAUCGCAGGAGCAUUUCCAGGAAACCUGCAGCUUGUCUUUGUCCUUCGGCCAUCUCGCUUUAUCCAAAGGACCAUCGCUGACAUUGGCAUUAAACUCUAUAGAGAUGACUUUAAAAUGAAGGUACCGAUCAUCAUGUUGAACUCUGUUUCUGAUCUCCAUGGCUACAUUGACAAGAGCCAGCUGACAAGGGAGCUGGGGGGCACUCUAGAAUAUGGUCACGGACAGUGGAUACACCAUCGAACGGCCAUAGAAAACUUUGCCCUGACAGUGAAAACCACAGCCCAGAUGUUACAGACCUUCGGGACCGACCUGGCGGAGACAGAGCUACCCAAUGAUGUCCAGUGCACAGAGCAGCUUCUCCAGUCCCACACGGAGCAGCACAGCAAACUGAAGGCUGAGCUGAAGCUGGCAGGGAGCCAGGGGGGAACCUUACUAUCAUGCAUCCGAGAACCAGCCAGCAAGAACCCCACCAGCAAGCUCAACCCUGAUGAACUGGAGAACGUCCUGACUGUUGAAAGGUUACUAGCUCAGCUGGAUGAGACAGAAAAGGCCUUUGACCAGUUCUGGACCAAACAUUACCUGAAGCUAAACCAAUGCCUGCAGCUCCGGCACUUUGAGCAUAAUUUCCGAGAGGUUAAACUGGCCCUGGAUAGCCUCAUGUGUGUACAGGCAAGAUUCACAGUCAUUGGGAACAGUGUGGCACGUGUGGAGCAGCUGCUGAAGGAGCGGAAGCAUCUGGAGGAGAAAGGCCAGGAGCCACUGGAGAAGGCCCAGUCCCUGGCAGUGACCGGUGACCAGCUUAUCCAAAGCAACCACUAUGCAGUGGACUCCAUCCGGCCCAAGUGUGUGGAGCUCCGGCGCAUCUGUGAUGACUUCAGCAAUGAAGCCAAGAAGAAGUGUGACAUUUUAGGGAAGGCCCUGGAAAUGCAUAAGCAGCUGGAUGCGACCAGUAAGUGGUGUGAAGCCGGCAUCUACCUUCUGGCUUCCCAAGCCCUGGACAAGUGUCAGACACAGGAGGGAGCUGAGACGGCCCUGGGAGACAUCGAAAAGUUCCUGAGCACAGUCACGGAACACCAGCUGGUCAAUCCCAAGGAAUUUUACAGCCAGUUCAACUUGGUUCUUACCCCUGAAAUAAAGGAAAAUGCAGACAAGAUUGUUCAGAAGCUGGAAGAUGUGCAAGAAAUGUUCGAGAGGAGACAAGUGAGCCUGAAGAAGCUGGCAGCAAAACAGACACGGCCUGUGCAGCCCGUGGCCCCCCAUCCAGAGUCUUCCCCGAAGCGGGCCUCCCCCAAGACCAACCGGCCCACCAACCUGGCUCCCAGUAGGAGGAUAUCUGAAGUUCCUUGUCCUCCCAAGACAGUCAAUGAAGCAGAGUUGUUGAAAAAGAAAAGCAUCAAGAAACCCAAAGGUGGGAUUAAGAUCGAAGUGAUGCAUGAAGCCAGUCAAGGAGGGUCCAGCAGAAUAUUGGUGAUGAGUGAAAGUGAAGAGAACCUCUCCACCAGGAGGAGCCACAUCAUGCAUGAGCUGAUUGAAACAGAACGAGUUUAUGUUGAGGAACUUCAAAGUAUAAUUGAGGGUUAUGCAGCAGAAAUGGACAAUCCAGACUUAAAUCACCUGAUCCCGGUUGCUCUUCAGAACAAAAAGGAAAUUCUCUUUGGAAAUCUCCCUGAAAUCCACGAGUUCCACAACAGAAUUUUUCUUAAAGAACUAGAAAACUGCGUCGAAAAUCCUGAAUUCCUCGGCCGGUGUUUUCUAAAAAGGAAAGAAGAUCUUCAGGUCUAUGAAAAAUACUGUCAAAAUAAGCCACGGUCUGAAACUCUGUGGAGACAAUGUGGGGACAGCAUCUUCUUUCAGGAAUGUCAGCGCAAAUUGGACCACAAACUCUCCCUGGAUGCUUACCUCUUAAAGCCAGUCCAGAGAAUCACCAAGUACCAGCUGCUGUUAAAGGAGAUGCUAAAGUGUAGCAAGAAUUCAGAAGACACUGCAGAGCUGGAAGAGGCCCUGGCCACCGUCCUGGACAUCAUCAAGUCGGUGAAUGACUCCAUGCAUCAGAUUGCCAUCACUGGCUACGAGGGAGACCUCCACGAGCUGGGCAAGCUGCUGAUGCAGGGCUCCUUCAGCGUCUGGACCGACCACAAGAAGGGACACAACAAGGUCAAAGACCUGGCCAGAUUCAAGCCCAUGCAACGGCACCUCUUCCUCUACGCCAAGAUCCUGCUCUUCUGCAAGAAGCGAGAGGACACCGCCGACGGCCAUGAGAAGUCUCCGUCCUACAGCUUUAAACACUCUCUCAAAAUGAGCAUGGUCGGCAUCACAGAGAAUGUGAAAGGAGACAACAAGAAGUUUGAAAUUUGGUAUAAUGGUCGGGAAGAAGUAUACAUCAUCCAGGCGUCUUCAGUAGAACUGAAAAACCUUUGGGUUUCUGAGAUCCGGAAAGUCUUGACGGGACAACUGGAAGCUUGCAGAGAAGCAAGUCAGCUACACCAAAGAAUCACAGAAAGCGUCUACCAUGCACCUAUGGACACAUCCAGCUCCUCCAGGUAUAACCGAAAAUCAGCAAGUAUGUAUGAAAACAAGCUCGAGUCUUCGGAGUUAGAAACUUCCAGCAGCAAAAACCAAAAUCCCAGUCCCAACAGCACCAGGCAAAAGCCAGCUGAUGCUUCUGCCAACCUUCCCCUUGAGCGCUCAGCUCUUGCUAGAAAGCGAUUCACAUUGCAGGGGCUUUCCAACCGCCGAGCUCCACCCAAAGAUCCCGAGGCUAAAGAGAAAGAUGUCACCAGGCGCUUCUCCCUCGCCUCCUCCCUCAGCACCGCGGCUCCCACCCCUACCGGCCCUACCAAAGGUCCUCUCGGUCCCGCGGUUAAAGUCAAGAGACACGAAAUUAAGAGUGACCCAACGCCCCUUGGGUUUGAAGAUGCUUUUGAGAAUGCCAUCCUGGCCCAGGCUAAAUGCAGUGGCCGACCCAGCACAAGAACGGUCCCCAGGUCUGCCUCCCAGACAGGCUGGCCCGGCAGACAACUUCCCUCUCUGGAUACCUUUGAGGAUUUUGAAGUCAUCCCCUCCAGUACAGAUGAGCUCUCUAACUCUUCAGACAUGGAAGAAGACACUAGCACUCAAAAUGUGUCCGGCCUUUUCCGAGUUGAGGGCAGUUAUGAAACCUGCUCCCCAGAUUCUCUCACCCUGGAGGAUGGUGACUUGGUGCAGUUUGUACAGGAGGGAGAAAAUGGACAGUGGUUAGUCAAGAAGUUGGUUUCUGAGAAAAGUGACUGGGUACCCUCCAGUCUCCUUCAUCCUGCAGGGGUAGAUGGUGACCAGGUUCAUAAAAAUAAUAACACAGACACAUAUCCCAGUUCCCGUGACCAAGGGCUAACAGAUUCAGAAAGGAAGGAGAACCUUGUGCAAAGACUGUCGGCUGCUCAGAAGGCUGAGAGCUGAGUCUGCCCACCGCUCUGCCCGCUCAUCUCUUACCUUUGGUUUUGCUUUGGACAUUUGCCUCCCCUUCCCCUUCCCAACCCCCCUCUCUUUCUCCUGGACACUGAGUCUACCUGGACUUCUGGGAAACUCCAGACCUACAGGAAUCACUCCAUCUGGUCAAUAAGCAAAAGCAAAGAAGUCUUUUUCAGGAUUCAAGGCAAAAACAGAGGCGUCCCAGCGGAACUGUGCAAGGAUGUUGGUCUGAAUCUGGUUUGCCACCAGUGAUGUGUGUGUUAGCCAGGGCUCUGGGAUUAUUCAGUGGGGGCUGAUUCUUUUCCUCACCUCAAGUACCCGGGAUGCCCCAUUCUCUGUUAUGAUUUCUCACCAAAGGUGUUCCUGGGGGGCGGGGAAGGGGGGCUGCAUGAGACUUGUCCAAGGUGAGCGAGUGCAGACCUCAGCCAGGUGUUGUCAGAGAGGGGAAAUGGAGAAAUCACCCCCUGGAUCCCCUGCCCAGUGAGGCUGUUUGCCCAUGUGGGCAAAGGGGAGGCGAUCUGGACGGCAACUGGACCUUUCAUUACCCGGCACCAAAGCUCAUCUGGGAUGACCAUCAGCAUUGAAGCCCAUGACCCUGUUUGUAAUCACAGCUAGACCAGGUUUACUUUUGGAGCCUUUUUAGUGUUUCCCCUUAGGAGAGGCUGACCGCUGGUCAUCAAACUCACCAAUAUUGUCCAGGGAUGUCAGGUUGUUUCCCCUUGCACUCACACACCUGUUACUGAAGGACGGGGGAUGGAGAGGGAGGAAACUCAUCUGCUAGGAACGUACCCAUACUAAUUCUUGUGCCCUGCAUCUGGAGGGGGAUCCCAAGCUGCUGUUUUUCUAACUGGAACAAACUUCAUGGUGCUAGGGAGCUGGGGAGAGCAUGUGCUCCUUUGUCUAGAGAGGAAGACUUCAGGUCUAAUGAUUAUCUUAGAAAACGAUGUGUGAUCUACAGGAAACCUGCCUGGAAGGUAUAAUGCAAUGACAAAAGGAGGGAAGGGAAGUAAAUUCCAGGAAGGACUUUAAAGGACUCCUAAUAGACAUUUUCAGCCCAUUCUUUCCCCUCUCUCUCUCCAGCAGCCUUCUUUCUGCAUUUCAAUAAGGCUUCAUCCACUACUAGCGACAGGUAGAUAGAUAAGCCCCAUGGGGCAGACAGGGGCGUGGAAAAGAAGGGAGUCACUUAUCCCAAAGAAAGCAUCCUCACCUGUAAUUACACCAGCCUUACCUGGCUCCAGCCCAGAUACCGAGGCUCAUAAGGGUCAUUCAUAGAAUCUAUUCACAGUGAACCCAGGAUGGGGAAAAAGCCCUGAGCUGCACAAGCAGAGACUUAUGGAAAACUUCACUUGUUGAUCUCCUGAUUUCCUGCCUUGGAGAAUGAUCAGGAAUUGCUUUUUAAAAAUUCCACCUAAGCUCACGGACCCUCAGUAAGAAACUAGAGGGCACAUCCAGCUUCAUGGGAAAUGCCCCAAUAUGGCAAGUAAGACCCUCCUCCAAACCUGGCUGUAUUUGGCAAGCUGAUAUCUCCUAUCCGCUGUCAUGGGCCAAACAGAGACCUCCCCAAACUGCCCUUGACCCGGUUGUGGGCGUCUGCUUUUCUGUCCAGCCCGGCUGUCUGCUCUAUUGUCAUGAUUCCAUGCCAGGAGAGCCAUUCUGAUAUAUUUUUGGUCAUCAUUGUGGUGUGGCUGUAUUCUCCAGCUCAGUAACCAGUGACUCCAACCACCUCAUCCCUGCCAGUCCCGUGGCUUAUAUCCUGAUGUGACCCUAAUCAAAUUCAGUGUCUCUCAGGUUUUGCUACCUGAAUUUAGAAAGCACCUGAAUUUUGAGGAGACUGUAAAUUAAGACACAUUAAUUUAUGAAAACUCAAACACAAAGAGACACAGGGAUAAUUUUAUCAGUUAUCUUCCUGAUCUGAUCAGAAAUCAGAUCUGAGCAGAAAUUCUUCCUGAGUAUAAACCUAUAAAACAGUAUAAGGGGAGAAUUUACUAGAGAUCAAAAGAAGUACCAAUCGCAUGCCCUAAUCAAUUGAGAAAGGAAAUAGCCAUGUGAGGGAGAGAAAGGCUCUGGGGAAUAACGAGAAGCUAGUCGGGGUUGCUUGCAAGUACUCCCGGACUUCCCCUUUGGUCUUGCUAGUCUCUUCCUCCCAUAUGUGGGUUAGGGAAUUAUUGGUUCUUUCGAGAUCCAUAUUCCCCCAUGCCAAAAGCUGCACUUUCUAUUUGAUAAGUAUAAAGGCCAAAAAAAGCCCCCUUCCAGCUCUGCCCUGAGUGCUCCUGAGUCUCCUCCUGAGAGGGGAUGCUCCAGCCUCCGGUCCACAGCCUCCUCCCAGAUGUGGACGGGCUUUUCCCAUUUCUCCUUCCUUCUCUCACUGGCUGACCUCAGAACCAUUUGGGGUAGAUUGGGGGAAGGAAGCUUCCUUUUUUCUCUAGGACCCAUCCUUUCCCCAAGAUCUUUUCAGCUAAAUGGAAUGCCUGGCCGGCUACCGCUUCUCCUGAAUCCCCAAGUUUUAUGAAAAUAGCUGGACCAAUCCGAAAAGACUUUAAAGAAAGACGUCCAAUAUUUAUGACUGUAGAUGUUUCUAUCCCUCCUGUGUCGAUGAAUGUUCUGUGUGAUUCUAUUGGGAUUCUCUCUGUAAUUAGUACUUAAUCUCAAUGCCCCGUGUUAGUGCAUGCAUCUCACUGGAGGGACAUUUGUGGCCCGUCCUUGGCCAUUAUUCCUGAAACUGCAGGUCUGUAAUUUUUGUUUCUUUUUUUCUGCAAACCCAACAUGUUUUUCAGCCUCAGUUUCCCCAUCUCAGCAGAUUCCUGGACUUUGAGUCUCCUGCUUUGUCUUUUCUUCAACCCAAGCUCUCUAUCUUUCCUAAUGCCUUGUCGGCUAUUUUUUUUUUUAAUUGCAGAUUGGCAGAAAAACAUUUUCUUUGUUACCAGAAGGGGCAAAACUGUCAAGACUGUAUUGGGGAGUAGGGGAAUCCAGACCUCAUAGACUCAUAUCCAGGAUAGACUGUUCACAUUUCAGAAAAAGGAUUUCAUUUCCAUCUUGCCAUUCCCUCAAAUACAUAAGGGCAAUUGUGUUCUCGUGGGCACGGAGAAUGCCUUUGGAUAAAAAGGAGGUCUUGAGUCUUUAAAGAAUCUCCGUGGAAUGAUAUUAGAUUGGGGGUGGGGGGAAGUCGGGAGGGUUAGAUGAAGAUUAGGUAAAGUAUUUGGGUGCUGCUCUGUUUUAUGUCAUUCUGUUCACCUUUGCCAGGACAAUCUUCUCUGCAGUGUGUCGUUUUCCGGUAAACAGGGAAUUAUUAACUAGUGCAUUACAAUCCACACACUGUGCAAACUGGCACCAUGAAAUGCCAGGUGAGAUGGCUUCUCUGGAAGCUUCUCCACCCACAGCCAAACCCAUGGGCCUCUCCCACCCCCGGGCUCGGACGCUGCACUCUGCCCACAAGCGAGAGAAAAGUCACUUUAGUAGCUAAUCUUUCAUUCUCCAGUGCUCUGAGGUUUGGAACGGGUCCUAAAUGAGAAGGAUGGAGAAGGUUCCGGCCUUUUCUGAUUCCACUGACCAAACCGGGAGGUUGUCAGAAGGACAAUCAAGGACCCCCAAAAUCUGUGGGUGAUGUGUUGACGUCAGCCUUCCAUUAGCCAGAAACCAUCUCACCAUGAGGACUCAAAACCAUUGACACCUGCAACAGUUUGUGGUUCUUAGGGAUUUUUUUUUCAUUGUUGAAAGAAGUUAUUUAUAUAUUGUGAUUGGGAAGAGAAUCAGAUGGGGGUCAAAACACGGAAUUCUGCUGUUAAGUUGUCUGAUUGUUUGGGCUGAAUUUGAGUUGUUUGGGGUUUGUUUUGAGGAUUUGGGGGUUAUUUUUUCUUUUUCUUUUUGGCCAGAAUUGAAUGUAUGAGUUUAUACCUUAAAAAAUGUGUGAAGCCAAUUUUUUCUGUAAAUAUGCCAUGAUGUAGGACAACUCUGUUUGGACUUUAUAAAAAUGAUACCUACAGUAA